AUGUUGCUCUGCAGGAUUGUGCUGUUCUUCGUUCCCUGUGUUGGGCAAACUGGCUGGUUGUACCUCCGAACCUUGCCAGACCCCGUGUUUGAGGGGGACAUCCUGAUUCUGCAGUGCCAAGGAUGGAAGAAAGCAGCCCUGUCCCGGGUCCAGUUCUACAAAGACAAGAAAUUACUCCGCACCCCGAAGGCCAAAUGGAUUCUGCACAUGGGGACAGCAACACUGGAAAGCAGUGGCCAGUACAGCUGCACUGGGAAGGUGACCUUCAUCCCGCACCUGGGCACACAAAGGUCAGAGAUGACCACGGUUCAAGUCCAAGAGCUGUUCCCGCCUCCAGUGCUGAGUGCUGUCCCUUCUCCCGAGCUCCGUGAGGGGAGCCCGCUGACCCUGAGAUGCCAGACGGAGCUGCACCCCCAGAGGUCGGCCUCUAGGCUCCUCUUCUCCUUCCACAAAGAUGGCCGCACCUUGCAAAACUGGGGCCCCCACUCAGAGCUCUGCCUCCCAGAAGCCCAGGUGGGAGCGUCUGGGCUUUACUGGUGCCAGGCCACCCCUGAGGGUAGCAGGGUCCAGAAACAGAGCCCCCAGCUGGAGGUGAGGGUGCAAGCUCCUGUGUCCCAGCCUCUGCUCACCCUGAGACCCAGGUCCACUGGCCUUGCUGUGGGGAACGUGGUGGAGCUCCUCUGUGAGACCCAGAAUGGCUCCCCUCCAAUCCUGUACUCAUUCUACCUGGACAAGAAGAUCCUGGGGAACCACUCUGUGCCCCAUGGAGGAGCCGCCUCCUUCCCCUUCACUGUGAUGUCAGAGCAGGAUGCUGGUAGCUUCUCCUGCCAGGCGGAGAACAAUGUCUCCAAAGAGACAAGUGAGCCCAGGACACUGUCCCUGGAUGGUCCUCGGGGCUUGCCUACCCUCACCAGCAGCCCCUGGCUGGUUCCUUGUCUAUCUGUGAGCCUGCUUGGUGUGCUGGUCAUCGCCACUGCACUUGUGGCUUACUUCAGACCCUGGAGAAAAACUGGGCCCAUUCCAACCCAGAAUCUGCCCCCAGCCCCAGGUGGAGAGCAGCACCUACUGUAUGGCAAUGCCGGGCCUGCUGAGUCAGCCUCGGGGACCUGGGACACUUCUGUCAUCUACACCGAGGUGAAACACUCGAAGCUUGGUGAGGUUCCAGCCAGGGGACCGAAUACAAGAAGCAGGACCCACAGAGUUCCCCUUGGUAACUUCGAGGAGGUCCUCUACUACUGA